AUGGCAUCGGACAUCGACUACGAAGACGGCGAGAUCCUGGAGGAGGGAGAGGAGGUGGAGCAAAACCCGCGUAAGCGUCUGCACUCGUCGCUACAAGAUGCUAGACCCACCGAGUCUGCCUCAAUUUAUGACAACCGCCCGCCCCUGUCUCACCGCCAGCCGACGCGCUACAACAACAGUAGCGGCAAUGGCUACAGCGACCGCAGACGCGACGCAGCUCCCCACGACCACCAGGAUGACCGCGCGUACGCCGAAGACUUGAUCGUUAAAUACCCAAGACAGCAGCCGUGCAGCAACGUCCUACUGGACUUUGCCACGUGGAUGGGCGCAGCUCGUAGCCGGAAACGUCUGGACGUCGAGGACGUGCAGAAGCUCGUACUUAAUGUGCUCCGUGGUGGCAGUAGGAAGAAGGAAGGCAUGGUGAGCCCUUAUUUGCUGCCAUAUCUGACACCUGGAGCUCGACUGCCUAGCAAAGUCUGCAUCGUACUAUUGGAAAAGCUGCACCCAUCAGUGUUGCAGAAAUUCCGAGCGAAGUUGAGCUUCUUUGACGAAUGUUCCAGUGUUCCAGUGAUGCUGACGAAGCAAGAAGGAAGCCAGAUCAGGAGAUCCGAAGCUCCACUGUCAGAAUUGAUGUACAAAUUCCCAAGACCGACGGUAGAUACCCACGAAUUGUCGACGGAUGAGCUGUUCUACGCCCAUGAACUGACGUUCUUGAUGAAACACUCGGCUGGAUUUACAGAUGAACUGGUGUUUACCCCAGCAGGGAAGUUUACACGCAAGAAUCAGCCACUGGGAGGAACAUGGGAAAUUGACGGCGACUUGCUGCAUCUGAAGUGGAGACAGCGUACGGUCAAAGCGCCUGCUGCAGUGGAUGAGACCCCGACAGACCAGGAUACUGCGAUGGAGGAAGAGGAAGACGAUGCGUAUACGUUGGAUGUGCUAGUCAGCCAAGACGGCAGCAUGCACGAGCUCAGGACGGACCCAGUGACGGACGAGACCUACGCGCACAAGGUACCAGAGCAUCUUGCCAAGAAACGUCGGGGCGACGACAAGCCGCGCUCGAUCUGGCUGUCACUAGCUAAAGCGAUUGCUGUAGACGACGAGCCUUUGAAGCGAGAAGCAUUCGAGUAUUAUGUACUUACACCUGAAGAGCUGAAGCAGCACGGAUUCCCGACAGAUGUAGAGGAGGAACAGCGCAAACUGUUAGAAGCGACGCAGGGGAAUACUCGCGACAGAUACGUGGCAACGCAGCCACGUUCGGCAAUCAUAGUUGAAGAGUCUGCCUCUGUCUCAGACGACGAAGAAGGAGCAGCGAUGGAGACGGAUGAAACUAUAGCAAGCGCGUCUUCAAGUGGGGAAUUCAUUUAUGCUCUGGACUGUGAGAUGUGCGAGACGGAUAUCGGCAUGGAGCUCACGCGUGUGACGGCUGUAGACAUCACAGGCAACGUCGUGUACGAUCAGCUGGUGAAGCCACAAAGCACUAUCAUUAACUACCACACAAAGUUCAGCGGCAUCUCCGAGGAGACUCUGCGGGAUACGAAGUACACCCUGGCGGACGUGCAGAGGGAUCUGACAACUCGGCUCCUCUUCAAGGACACCAUUCUGGUGGGUCACUCGUUGACGAGUGACCUGCGUGCUCUUCGACUAGUGCAUUCUACGAUCGGAGACACAGCCAUCCUGUACCCUCAUCAACGUGGCUUCCCAUUCCGCACCUCGCUUAAGUAUCUGACGAAGACAUAUCUAAAGAAGGAUAUCCAGAUUCAGACUCAGGCUGGACAUGACUCGGCGGAAGACGCUAUUGCAGCUUUGGAGCUGUUGGUGCUGAAGGUUCGUCGAGGCCCUUGGUUCGGCAUCCCCGAGUCAGUCUCCACGGGUGGCGCUUUCGAUUCCAUUUUGGAUAAAUCCUUUGCCUUCGAGAAAAAGAUGACGAUGCUACGUCUUCAAAGCAAUGGGGAGCUCACGGAAGAUGGAGCUCCCAAGACGACAGUAGCGGAACGAAAGCCGUGGGAACUGUACGCUAGUGGCGAUCUGAAGGCUCAGUCGCAGAGUGCGUUCCGCCAUGCUCAAGCACCAGACCUUUGCUGGGUGGAGAUCGAGCCUCCUAGUGCGAGCGCGGCGCUGUGUAACGACUUCGUAGGCAAGCACGAUCUCUGGAUGGCUGAGCAGCAGGCGUACUGCGAGCAAGUGGAUGGGUUCCUGAAACAGCUUCGAGAUGAGGUGUUGCCCAAGGGCACACUAUUGCUAGCGCUUCCUCAGGGCGAUCUGAGCUUGCUGCGAUAUCUCAAGGGUCUGCGGACGCGCUCCAAGUGGCGUGACGCCACUCCCAGCGGUGAUGACAUCGCCCCUGAAGAGCUACAUGCCGCAGUGGGCGAUGCGUUUCGUGGUGCUAUGGACAGUUGCCUGUUCCUCACGCAGAAAUGA